AUGGAUCCAGAAGAACAGCAGCAGCGAGAAAAGAAAACCGGCAAAUGUGUCAGGUCGUUAGCUGCGAAUCACGACAAUGGCGCAGCGAGUAGGAAUGCAAACGCGGAGCAAGGGCAGCGUAAAGCGCUAGCUCUUUCAACCGAGCCUUUCAAGCAGCGGCCACCCGCUAAGGUCGCGAAUACUGAUGAGCAACCUGGCAAGUACGUUCGGCUUUUGGAUUUGGUUCACAACAGCCGUGCAGUCAUAUCACCAGUUCCCACAGUAAAACAACGCAGAGCGAAACUUAUGGAAGACUUAAUGAUUGCACUGGAGAAGAACAACACCUUGCGUGAACGCUCAGUUGAUCUCUCAAUUGACCCGAGUUUCGAUUGCGUGACUGAGACCUCUCGUAGUACAAUGUCAGAGGACUCGGGGACGCCGAGAAGCGAAAUGUUAUUGGUGACGUCGUUGAACAAUUGGACAUUGAGCAAUUUGAACAUACCGGAGUGUACCCCCUCGGAUGGAGCGACGGAAAUUGACAAGCGGGCGUUUGAUUACUGGAAAGAUAUUUUUCUUACGUCUAUUCAGAUGUUCAACACAUGUGACGAACAAACCAAGUUUGGGUUGUUCAAGAUCAAGGCUGGGCCAAAGUUGCGGGACAUUUUUAAUACAACAGUAUCUUGUCACGGAAUGCCGGAUGAAGCAACGGCUCCGUUUUCAAAUGCAAUGGAGCGUUGCAAUGACUAUUUUAGCUCCAGGACAAAUUUGAUUGCGCAGAGAAGCAAGUUGAUGAGUUUGUGUCAAUCUACUUCUGAGACUAGUAUGCAGUUCGUGCUAAGAGUGUCUAGUGCCGCAAAGCUAUGCAAUUACACCGCUGAAGAGGAAAUGGAAGCCGUGGUUCGAGUUAUCAGUAAGGGAGCGCUAGAUAGUCGAGUUCGAAUUUCGGCCCAUCGAAACUGGGCGAAACAAGGAUCGAUGAAAGACCUCAUCAAUCUUGUCCGUGAUCGAGAACUGGAAAUAGCAAAUGAAGAAGAGUAUCAGCGAACUCAUGGCAAUCGCGAGGUGGCGAAAAUAGCGGCUGUCUCACAGCAUACGUAUGAACCACCAUGGAGAAAUCAAGGCAAUUUUCGACCAAAUUACAACGGAUACUGGAGAUCUGAAGAGGAGGAGCUCGUGGUGCCGGUCGGGGCGGUGGUCGUAGUUUCGGGCGCGGUAGAGGUGCUGCGUUUCGUUUUGAUGGGCGCAAUCAAGGACCUCAGCCCGUUAAUAAUUGCUGGCGAUGUGGAAGUGUCUUCCAUAUUCCAGACAGAUGUAAGAUGA